AUGGGACUGUACCCGAGGAACAUCAUGCAACUCAACCGCCUGAGUCUGUCGAUCCAAGCCGGGAGAUAUGGCAGCUUUACCAUGCAGAGGACCAGGCCAGUGAUUGCAGCCAAUGGCUUGAGGCUCCCGCUCCGCCAUCAGGACGCCCGGCGCUGCCUGUUCCUGUCACGCUCACAACCCAGGUCGAAGGUGCACCUCUCCAGGCUGAUAUCGGUGACCGUCACCAGUGUUCUACUUGCGUUUUGGCUAUACCCGACUGAUGCAUUACAGCAUACCGACUCCAGGCCGAAGGACGCCUUCAGUUCUCCGGAUCGCGCCGCUGACCCAGACGUGGACCAAAGCGCGUGGGGAAAGUUCAGCCAGAGGUUUGAGGGGAUUUCCUUUCUUCCAUCGACAGAUGGCCUCUCCGAGAGGGUUGUUGGCUUGAUCAUGCCGGAGUGGGUCAAACUUGUCCCCGGCUACGUCAGAAAGCUGCAGCGAGAGAUGAACAUGGCGCCGGGUUCAUUGGCCGCCGAGAUCUGGCAGGAGGCUCAAGAUCCAUUUACCCAUCCUGAGAUUCAAUGGUCGGCAAAGGUUCGUGUGUCGGACGAGCUAUGCGACGAGGAAAAGACGUUCUUGGAGCGGAGAAAGAAGAUGAUCGUCCCUGCGCUAGCGCGGUACUUGGGGGUUAGAGAGGAGGAUAUCCAUCCAGAUGACGUUCCCACCAUCGCCAUGUGCGGUUCCGGAGGCGGCCUAAGAGCCUUGGUCGCGGGGAUGGGAUCCUUUCUCGCCACUGCUGAAGAUGGUCUCUUCGACUGUGCAACUUACGUCUCAGGGGUCAGUGGAUCCUGCUGGCUUCAGUCCCUGUUUUACUCCUCGGUCACAGGAGCGAACUUCCAACACGGCAUCGACCACCUCAAGGCGCGCCUGGGAACACACAUUGCCUACCCGCCGGUGGCAUUCACUUCCUUGACAACGUCACCUACGAAUAAGUAUCUACUGAGCGGUAUGGUGGAAAAGCUCAAAGGCGAUCCUGGCGCACAGUUUGGCAUCGUCGACGUCUACGGCAUGCUCUUGGCGGCGAGACUGCUGAUCCCUAAGGGGGAACUAGGUGUCAAUGAGAAGGACUUUAAGCUGUCGAACCAGCGGGAAUACGUCAAGUACGGGCACAAUCCGCUGCCUAUUUACACCGCUGUGAGACAUGAAAUACCAGAGCUGGACUCGCCCGACUACGGCGGUCCGGGCUCCCUCUCGGAAGAGGCCAAGGACAGGGCCAGAAGAGAAGCAUGGUUCCAGUGGUUUGAAAUCACGCCGUACGAGUUUUUCUGUGAGGAAUUCGGGGCCGGCAUUCCCACCUGGGCCAUGGGCCGCAAGUUCAAGAACGGCUCCGACUUGCCUUCAGCGUCCGGCUCCCGGCUCCCUGAGCUCCGCAUGCCCUUGCUUCUGGGCAUUUUUGGCAGCGCCUUUUGUGCUACGCUGAGCCAUUAUUACCGCGAGAUCAGACCGCUCAUCAAAAGUCUCAAUGGCCUCUCGCCGAUCGAUGAACUGAUCUGGGGCCAUUACAACAAGGACUUCAGCAAGGUCCAUCCUAUCGAGCCGGCCAGCAUCCCGAACUUUGUACACGGCAUGUACGGCCAGCUCCCUGGAUCGGUCCCCCAAGCCGUCUACGAUAACGAGUACAUUCAGCUCAUGGACGCGGGCAUGUCGAACAAUCUUCCCAUCUAUCCGCUGCUCCGCCCGGGGCGCAACGUCGACAUCCUCGUAGCCUUUGAUGCCUCAGCCGACAUCAAGACGGACAACUGGCUCUCAGUCGCCGAGGGUUAUGCUCGCCAGCGAGGUAUCAAAGGCUGGCCGGUGGGAAUCGGCUGGCCGAAGCCCACCGAAUCGCCCUCGCAGGCAGCCACCGAGCUGGAGCAGGCGCAAGCCCACACGGAGCCCGAGAUAGAAAGCAAAAUAACCAAAGCCAAAUCCGACCAAGCAGCCCACCACGCCCGCCCUCAGAACAAGCCCACCGGCCCACUCGAGCUGGGCGACAAACCCGUCAAGCCGGAAUCCCAACGCCAGACCGAAGCAGCCGCCGAGCUAGGCUACUGCACCGUCUGGGUCGGCACGACGCAGGAACGCUCUUCGGACCACCCUCCGCCGCCGCCGAUCGACGACAUGAGCACGUGGCGGCUGUCGGAACCCGACGCGGGCAUCACGGUCGUGUACCUGCCGUUCCUGGCCAACGAGAAGGCCGCCCCCGGCGUUGACGUGGCGAUCAGCGACUACAUGAGCACGUGGAACUUUGUGUACACGCCUGAGCAGAUCGACCAAGUGAUCGCCCUGGCGCGGGCGAACUACGGCGAGGGGAGGCAGCAGAUCCGUGCUACGGUUCGGGCGGUGUAUGAGAGGAAGAAGAAGAUCAGGUUGGAGCGGGAGAAGAAGGAAGAGGAAGCCGAGUUUAGGCGGAUGGUCAGAAGGGGCGUCGUGGGAAGCUUGGGAGAGGGUGAUCACUUCAGUUAA